AUGUCUCGCCAAUCCAAAUCAUCAAAGCACUCCCAUCACUCAAAGAGCGGAGGGAGCUCCUCGAGCAACAAUGAAGAUGUCGUGGAGCAGGUCAAAAGCAUUGUGACUCUUCUCUACGAAGUGGUUUCAUCCCGCCCGGAAGAAUGUGAAGCGUAUAUUCCGUCUGCGAGAUCUGCUACGUCUGCUUUGGAUCAGAUUCACUUCUUCCGAGACCCUCAGCGUUUUGCCGAACAAGUUUGGAUUCUCCAUGGGCUACAACAGUUCGCAUUUUAUGAUGCGGAUGCGGGUAGUAUCAGAGAUGUUACAGAAUUCUGCCAAACUUCGUGGUUACGCAUUCUGAGAAACUUCCCAGAUAAUGUUGAAGUGUUGAAUGGUUUAGGUUCCAAUUGGCUCCAAAGAUCUCAGUCAACACUUGCUCAAAUUCAUCAGGAAGAAGGUGACUCGUCAAGCCAAGGUAGCAGCUCAGCGGGUUCUCCAUCUGAUCCAAGGCGACAAGGACCUUUGUAUGUCGAAGCUCGCGGCUCUUUGCAACCAGCGGUGGAUUUCUUCGCUCGCGCUGUUAGAUCUGCCGAUGCAAAUGGAACCACUACAGGCGAACUACUGGCUUCUGCUGCGGAAUCGCAAAUGUCCCUCGGUAACGUCACAGCACCACCAGGAGAUGAGCGUCACUUUUCUCACGCAAUUCGUUAUCUACGCCGUGCAGAGGCUACGCCUGGGUACACUUUGUCCGUAUACAUGCAACAAUAUCUGAACGACUAUGGAAGAUAUGUCUCCUAA